UUUGCAAAGAAACAUUGCAUUCCACCAGGAUGUCUACAAAGUGGAUUUCCAUUCUUCUGCUGCUACAGCUGAGUUGUUACUUCAGCUCUGGGAGUUGUGGAAAGGUGCUGGUGUGGCCCACAGAAUAUAGCCACUGGAUCAAUAUGAAGACAAUCCUCGAUGAACUUGUCCAGAGAGGUCACGAAGUGACUGUUCUGACAUCUUCAGCUUCAAUUCUUGUUGAUCCGAGCAAAUCAUCUGCUAUCAAAUAUGAGAUUUUCCCUGCAUCCAUACUUAAAGAUGAUUUGAAGGAUUUUUUCAGCAAAAUGCUCGAUAUGUGGAUAUAUAACUUGCCAAGAGACACAUUUUGGACAUAUUUUUCACAAAUGCAAGAAAUGUUUUGGAAAUUUUCUGACUGUAUUCAAAAGCUCUGUGAGGAUGUAGUUUUGAACAGGAAGCUCAUGACAAAACUACAAGAAUCAAGGUUUGAUGUCAUUCUUGCAGACACCGUUGGACCCUGUGGUGAGCUGCUGGCUGAGCUACUUAAAAUACCUUUAGUGUACAGUCUUCGCUUCUCUCCUGGCUAUGCAGCCGAAAAACAAAGUGGAAGACUUCCUUUCCCUCCAUCCUAUGUGCCUAUUAUUUUCUCAGAAUUAAGUGAUCAAAUGACAUUCAUGGAGAGAGUAAAAAAUAUGAUAUAUGUGCUUUAUUUUGACUUUUGGUUCCAAACAUUUAAUGAGAAGAGUUGGGAUCAGUUUUACAGUGAAGUACUAGGAAGACCCACUACUUUAUCUGAGUUAAGGGGGAAGGCUCAAAUAUGGCUCAUUCGAACCUACUGGGAUUUUGAAUUUCCUCGCCCUCUCCUACCUAAUUUUGAGUUUGUUGGAGGACUCCACUGUAAACCUGCCAAACCCCUGCCUAAGGAAAUGGAAGAGUUUGUCCAGAGCUCUGGAGAAAAUGGUAUUGUGGUGUUUACACUAGGGUCUAUGGUCACUAAUGUGCCAGAGGAAAAAGCCAAUGUGAUUGCGUCAGCCCUUGCACAGAUUCCACAAAAGGUUCUAUGGAGAUUUGCUGGCAAGAAACCAGACAAGUUAGGGCCAAAUACUCGGCUGUAUGAGUGGAUCCCCCAGAAUGACCUUCUUGGUCAUCCAAAAACCAAAGCCUUUGUAACUCAUGGUGGAACCAAUGGCAUCUAUGAGGCAAUCCACCAUGGGAUUCCAAUGGUGGGCAUUCCCUUGUUUGCGGAUCAACAUGAUAACCUUGCUCACAUGAAGGCCAAGGGAGCAGCUGUCAGUGUGGAUUUCCACACACUGUCUAGUACAGAUUUGCUCAAUGCAUUGAGGAUGGUCAUUAAUAACCCUUCAUACAAAGAGAAUGCUAUGAGAUUAUCAAGAAUUCACCAUGAUCAGCCUAUAAAGCCCUUGGAUCGAGCAGUCUUCUGGAUAGAGUUUGUCAUGCGCCACCAAGGAGCCAAACACCUCAGGCCAGCCUCCCAUGACCUCACCUGGUUUCAGUACCACUCUUUGGAUGUGAUUGGGUUCCUGCUGGCCUGUGUGGCAGCUGCUGUAUUUGUCACCACACAGUGUUGUCUGUUUUGUUACCGGAAGUUUGUGAAAACAGGGAAGAAGGAAAAAAAGGAGUAGUUACAUCGGGGGCCUCAAGCUGGUAUGCCUCAUAAAUGGGACUCAUCCAGUUUAUUCCAGCAAGAAGCUGUGAUAGAAGGUUUCUUCCUCCUGUGACAAAAUGACUUUUCACCACUUAGCUUCUCAGAUCAAAAUCUCUUUUCAAGGGAUUUACAGCCUAUU